AGGCUGCAGCAACCACUACUGAAGAAGUUACCUCGGCUGCAAUUUACUGGUUCAUUUCUGGCAGAAGUUUCCACAAUCUUCCUGUAACAAACUGAAGCAACUUUUCUCAGAGGAGUUUAUCACUUGACAAAUAUAAUUUCCUCAGAAUCCGAAGUUGAUUGGUGUCCUAGCAGUUCCUGUUUAAACUUUGAAGCAGAGGACUUGUUUUGUGCAAUGGAAGCUGCCAGGAUUAUCUUUCUUCUCGUACUGCUUUGUUUCCUGAAGAUGACAGUCACUACUGCCAUAAAUCCCUGCUGUUAUUACCCAUGCCAGAAUAAAGGAAUAUGUGUUAAUAUCGGGAAGGAUGGUUAUGAAUGUGAUUGCACCCGCACUGGUUACUAUGGUGUCAACUGCAGUUUGCCGUAUUUUUGGUCAAGAAUUCAUAAAUUUCUGAAGCCAAGCCCUAGUUUUAUGCAUCAUCUACUGACGCACUACCAAUGGUUUUGGAAUAUUCUGGAUGGCAUUUCGUUCAUCAGAGACUCACUAAUGCGAUAUGUUUUAACAGAUGUUUCAAUAAAUCCACCUCCGAAUCUUCUUAAUUUCAAUGAGUGCAGGUGCACCCUACUCAACCUCUCCUCACAAAACAAUCUCUCCAUUGCUGGAAUCAACCUAGUGAACCUUCUCUGGACUACCUCCAAGAUUUUCUUAGAUAUGGUGAUCAACACUGCUCACAGUUCUCCAGCACGUUCAAACUUGAUCCCUAGCCCUCCUACCUACAACUCUGACUAUGAUUACCUUUCCUGGGAGGGCUAUUCCAACGUAACUUAUUUUACUCGAUUGCUUCCACCUGUACCAAAGGACUGCCCAACCCCAACUGGAACUAAAGGUUACAAGGAAUUACCUGAUGUAAAAUUCUUGGCCGAGGAGUUUCUGUUGAGGAGACAGUUCAUUCCAGAUCCUCAGGGUACAAACUUGAUGUUUGCUUUCUUUGCUCAGCACUUUACUCACCAGUUCUUUCGGACGGAUUUCAAUAAAGGUCCAGGGUUUACAAAAGCCCUUGGCCAUGGGGUGGAUUUGAGUCAUAUUUAUGGAGACUCUCUAGAACGUCAACAUCAACUGAGGCUUUUCAAAGAUGGAAAACUCAAAUAUCAGGUAGUGAAUGGAGAGGUCUUGCCUCCAUCCAUGAAGGAUGUACCCAUCCGGAUGAAAUAUCCAGAUGUUUUACCAGUGGAGAAACGCCUUGCCAUUGGCAAUGACUUAUUUGGCUUGUUACCUGGACUGAUGAUGUAUGCCACCAUCUGGCUUCGAGAACACAACCGAGUCUGCGAUAUCCUGAAACACGAGCAUCCAACUUGGAAUGACGAGCAGCUUUUCCAAACGACCAGGCUCAUACUCAUAGGGGAAACUAUCAAGAUAGUUAUUGAGGACUAUGUGCAACACCUGAGUGGUUAUUACUUUAAGAUGACUUUUAACCCGGAACUUCUGUUCAGUGAGCACUUUCAAUACAGAAAUCGGAUUGCAGUUGAGUUCAACCAUCUCUACCACUGGCAUCCAUUAAUGCCUGACUGCUUCAUUGUGAAAGGCCAAGAGUUUGCCUAUGACAACUUUAUUUUCAAUGUGGACAUCCUGAUGAAGUUUGGAGUGGAAGCUUUAGUAGAAUCAUUUGCAAAACAGAGAGCAGGACGGAUCGGUGGAGGGAAAAAUAUCAACAAAAAUAUUCUACAUGUGGCAAUCAAUCUCAUUGAAUAUGGGAGACAGUUAAGAUUUCAACCAUUUAAUCAGUAUCGGAAGCAGUUCGGUCUGACGCCCUAUAAAUCUUUCCAGGAGUUAACUGGUGAAACAGAAUUAGCGGCUAAACUGGAGAAAUUGUAUGGACACAUUGAUGCAAUGGAAUUUUAUCCUGCACUACUGCUGGAAGCACCCUAUGAAAAUGCCAUUUUUGGGCAAAGUAUGGUGGAAAUGGGUGCUCCCUUUUCCCUCAAAGGAUUAAUGGGAAACCCAAUCUGCUCUCCAGAUUAUUGGAAACCAAGCACAUUUGGAGGGAAAACAGGCUUUGAUAUAGUUAACACAGCAACACUCAAAAAGCUGGUUUGCCACAAUGUUAAAAAUUGUCCCUAUGUGGCUUUCCAUGUCCCACACAACAUAGAUGAUGAAAGUGAGAGGGGAAAGAAAGAACCCUCUACUGAGCUCUAAUCUGAGAGGACAAUAGAGGUAUUUGGCACAUAAGGGUUGUAUGGAAUUAUGCUCUGAAUAGUUUUAAACUAUUUCAGCUAGCUUUAAGGAGUACAUUGAUCAUGUGACAAUAGUUUAGUGAAUAACCAUUUUGUAUUGAAUUCUGCAAUAAGUAUUAAGAUGAUGACAACCUUCAACAGUAGGAAGCAUAACAUGACAGUUUGAUACAAAUACACCUAAAAUUUCAUCCAAAUCAGAAAACUUUUUUUUAUUUCCCAGACAGCUUGUUUGAAAUAGAAUUCUGUUUAAUUUUUUAAUGUAUUAAUUUAAAUAGAAAUCCGUUACAUGUCACAAUGAGCUGAUCAGUGUUAAUUCUGCACAAGUAUUGCUCACACUGCUAAAUAUAAGAGCGCAAUUCUUUUACGUGUGCUGAUGUAACCUAAAGCAGACAUUAGGUCCCUUAAGUAUGUGAAUGAGGGACACAGCAGCUGAUAAGGAUCCCAUUGAGAAAACCAUGAGUGGGUUAGGCAUUGGGUCUGUCCUUUCUCAAAAUUCUUCAGAUAAUUCGAUAAUUUUUAAUUUUGUUCUUCUCAGAAAAUGGACACCCUCCCGUAGAGCUGGGAAGCAGCUUUGGUGCACUCCCAGUUCUGCAGGAGUCACAUCUGCCCCCCCGUUCCCUCCUUCCCUAUCAAAUCAAACUGCUCUUGUUAGUGCGCCUGCCAAUGUUUUGAUUAUCGAUGAUGUUUUUAAGUGUAAGAACAUACUAUUGACAAAAAAAAGUGAAAAGAUAUUAUCCAAAUGUUUCUACAGUGAGAAUAAAAGAAAUGUGGGACCAUAGAUAAAUUGCAUUAUAUUUUCAAUUAGUUAGAUGUACAGCUGAUGCUUUUUCUUGACCAAGUGCCCUGGGAAGUUUGGAGAGGAUUUAAACCCAGUGAGCUAUUGUUUCUAUAUUUAUGGGGCUAUAGUUGUGUUUUAAAUGGUGAAAUAAAGGUGUUAUUUUUAACCUAAACUCAGACCCCACCUGGUUUUACUCAUAGCUGAAAGCAAUGGGUGCUCAAAUUACGCAAAAUAUGAACAAACUGGGUUAGAUUUUAUUCACGACUAAUUCUGCUUCCUUUAGUUAAUUCCUAACUAUAGUGGUUGCAAUGAAGUUAUCCAGGUGGACCUCAUGUAAUGAGUUCCUUGAUUAGAGUUGUUAAUCUGGUCCAGUCAUGGAACCCUGGCUGACAGAUAAGAACAGGAGUAUAAGAUGUCCUAUUCACCUUGAGAACGGGCUCUGAGGGAGCUGGAUCAGUGUCAAAGACUCUCCAUGUAUAAAUAAAGGGUGACUUGGUGACAGGA